AUGGCUCACCAACUAAACGCCCUCCCCGCGGGCUCAACAAUCCUCAUCACGGGUGUCAACGGUUACAUUGGCUCCCACAUCGCCAACAUUCUGCUAGGCAUGGGCUUUCGAGUGCGGGGUGCCGUUCGCGCGCCCAAGCCCUGGCUUAAUGAGAUGUUCGAUGCACGGUACGGCAAAGGGGUCUUUGAGACCUUCCUACUUAGCGCGUUCGAUGACGUCCCAGUGUUGAAGAGAGCAAUGGAAGAUGUUGCUGGAGUGUUGCAUGUGGCAACAGACUUAACCUUUGGAGGAAACCCCGAAGCCACGAUCCCCUGGGUCAUCAAGGCCUCUCUAAAUAUGCUUGAGGCUGCUGCGUCGACACCCACCGUCAAGCGCUUCGUAUUGACCUCGUCCUCUACGGCCGUCAUCAUUCCCGUUGCGGAUCGGGUUGGGGUCCGUGUGACUGAAGACACGUACAAUGAGUCCGCCGUUAAGAUUGCCUGGGACCCCGCCGUCCCCGAAGACUCCAAGGCUGUCGAAGCGGGAGAGAUUCUCCACCCCGAGAUCCCCGGAUCCACGAUGGGGUGGGUCCGUCUCCUUCUCAAGGGAGACAAGCUACUUUUACGCGUUUCCCACCCGGUAAGCUAG